UAUAAAUAUAAAAUUUCUUAUACCGCAGUUGCAUUGAAUAUUAAAGUAAAAAAACUAUGAAUGUGAAUCGCAAUCAACAAAACAAUGAGAAUCAAAAAGAAGAGGAGCCAUUCGGUCUGGGUUGUGCCUUGGAAUAUUUCUCUGAACAUGAGGAAAUAUUUAAAAUGAUAGAUAACCUCAAAAAUCUUGUAGCAGCAGAUAGAUCCGUGGUAGAAAAAGCAUAUGAAACAUUUUCUUUUAUUCUCAGCCAGUAUAUCGAACAACCCCAUUUGGUAGAUUCACAUAUAGAUGAUUUGUUGCAAAAAUUUAUUGUUAUAGUCAGGAGUAACGAUGAAAACAUGGAACUGAAACAUUUGGCAUUUAAAUAUAUGUUCGUAGUGGUGAACGUUAGAGGAUAUAAAGUUAUUGUGAGACAUCUGCCACAUGAGGUUGCAGAUUUUGAACCUGUCCUGCAGCUAUUAGAAUCUCAGGAUCCGAAUGAUCCAGAAACUUGGACUACUAGAUAUAUAUUACUGCUGUGGCUUUCAAUUAUUGUGAUGAUACCAUUUCACAUGUCCCGAUUUGAUGGAUUUGACGAGAAAGAAACAGAAAAGAAAACUGUGAUGACUCGUAUAUUAGAUGUUAUCAAGAUUUAUGCUGUUGUACCAGAUAAAUGUAGAGAUGCUGCAGCUUACUUAUCUCAUAAGUUUAUAACAAGGUAUGAUGUUAAAGAAAAACAUCUGACUUCAUUUUUGGAUUGGGCAAUGGAACUCAGUUUAUCAAAAGACAGUAACGUUUUUGUCAAAUAUGGAACAUUAGCUUGUAUCGCUACUAUUUUGAAGCACGGUAAGAGAGAAGAUUUGUUACCGCAUGCGAGACGUCUCCUGGAAUGGAUAAUAAAUGCAGAAUUUAAAAAUAAUGUUGGUUCCAAUAUACAAAAACUUGUAUAUAAAAUUGUGCAACGAAUAGGAUUAACGUUUUUACCACCAAGAGUCGCAGCUUGGCGUUAUAAAAGAGGUAACCGAUCACUUGCUGCUAAUCUAAGUGCAGGAGAUGGGUCUAUUCCUAAGACGUCCAAUAACGAUGAAGUUGAGGAGAAUGAAGAUGAUGAUAUCGAUGUGCCGGAUGAAGUGGAAGAAGUUAUAGAUCAGUUAAUUCAAGGACUAAGAAGUAUAGAUAGUAUAGUAAGAUGGACAGCUGCUAAAGGUGUAGGGCGAGUAACAGGGCGAUUACCCAAAGAUCUAGCAGAUGAAGUCGUGGGGUCCACGUUGGAGUUGUUUAGUCCUAGAGAGUCGGAUGGUGCUUGGCAUGGUGGUUGUUUGGCAUUAGCUGAAUUAGGAAGGAGAGGUCUUCUGCUUCCGGAGAGAUUACCUCAAGUGGUACCAGUUGUUCUUAAAGCUCUGGUGUAUGACGAACCCAGGGGUUAUUCCUCAGUGGGUUCUCAUAUCAGAGAUGCAGCUUGCUAUGUAUGUUGGUCGUUUGCUAGAGCUUAUGAAACACACAUACUCGCGCCUCACGUAGAGGACAUCGCAAGUACUCUUCUGGUCGUAACAUGUUUUGAUAAGGAGAUUAAUUGCAGAAGAGCAGCUUCAGCGGCAUUUCAAGAAAACGUUGGGAGACAGGGUUCUUUCCCUCAUGGCAUCGAUAUAUUGACUGCUGCUGACUUUUUCACAGUUAGUGUUAGAAAUAACGCUUAUUUGAAUGUCAGUGUUUAUAUAGCACAAUUUGAGGAAUAUACGUUGCCUCUUAUCGAUCAUUUGUUGUUAAGGAAGGUGGACCACUGGGACUCUGGUAUAAGAGAAUUGUCAUCCAAGGCUUUGCAUAAUUUGACACCUAAGGCCCCUGAAUAUAUGAUUAAAACGGUAUUACCAGCGCUUUUUGAAAAGACCAGAUCUAUCGAUUUAAACUCUCGUCACGGAGCAACAUUAGCCAUCGGAGAAGUUAUACAUGCUCUAUCAAAAUUUGCCAAGGAGCAAAAUACCGAUAUUAAAUUGAUACUUAAAGAAGAUCUGUUGGAGAAAACGAGAAACUUGAUCCCCCACUUUAGAGAACGUUUGUACUUUAGGGGUUUGGGAGGGGAGUUGAUGAAACAGGCCUGUUCUGAUUUUAUUGAAAAAUGCUCUUUGUCAUCAUUACCCUUUCACAAUGAAGAUAUUGUUGUGGACUGGUUGAAAUUAUUAAACGAGUGUUUGUCGUAUGAAGUUGUCAAUAUACGAACUGCUGCAAUUAGCGCUCUUCCCGUUUUAUUCUCUGAGUUUUACUGCGCCCCGGAUAAAGCUCAGAAGCACAAAGAAAUCAUCAAUCAAUACGUUUCCGAGGUUUUGUCUACUACUAGCCAAAUUGCCAGAAUGGGCCAUGCGUUAGCCCUUGGUGUCCUUCCAAAGUUCAUGUUGCAACCUAAUUUAGAAUUUGUAAUCGUGUCUCUGAUCGAGUCUACACUUAUUACGCCAGUUUCACAGAAAUGGGCCGAAGGUAGGAGAGAUUCCGUUAAAGCGCUUACGUCUAUUUCAACGACAAUGUCAGUGGAAAUUGGGAAAGACUUUACAAAGAAACACAUUUUGGAAAUAUAUCAUACAUUUCUGGAGGGCCUAAAGGAUUAUACCCAGGAUAAGAGAGGUGAUAUUGGCGCCUGGAUGAGAGAAGCGUCCGUUACAGGCUUGCAAACGUUAAUGCUUUUGUUAACGGAACGUCUACCCGAAGUAUUGACGGAAGACUUGAUUGUAAAAAUUUUAUGUGGAAUAGCACAGCAGGCUGUGGAAAAAAUAGAUCGUACUCGAGCUCUUUCCGGCAGAGUUUUUUAUAGCUUUAUUUACAACAAUCCAAGGGUUCCAAAUAUUCCAUACUAUAAUGAAAUAACUUUAAUAUUCCCAAAAGAAGAAUGUGAUAUAUUAAAUUGGAAUUCGGCAUCGGCGACCUUUCCCAAAUUUGUCCAAUUGAUCAGACUACCUCCGUAUACCUACAGUGUCAUGUUGGGAAUGAUAUGCAGCGUAGGAGCGUUAACUGAAACACUGGUGAAAAAUUCUAGCCAUUCGUUAUUUUCCUAUCUCAAAGAAGAGAUGAAAUCUGGGGGAGUGACAGAAAUCGAGCGAAUGUGCGACGUCAUAUACAAAAUAUUUGUAGAUCACCAGAAAAAUGACCGCAUCACCGUUCCAAUGUUCAGAUUUCUCGACAAAUUGUUCGACUCGGGGUGUUUGAGUUUAGUCAUCGAAGAUGUUAAUUCAACCUUUAUAAAGAAGAUACUCAAGCUUAUCCAGAUGGAAAUAGCUGGGUGUAAAGAUAUUUAUAAGUUAAUAGACGGAAUAAAUGUUCUUUGCCAGUUUAUACAGAUAAAAGGUGAAGUUUGUGAUAUAGCUCUAGUUCAACUUAGUAUCCUGUUAUGCCAUCGUCAGUCGUACGUUAGACGAUCAACAUCGACUAAGCUUUACGAGUCUCUGCUCGUCAAUGGAGACAGCAGCAAUAUUGACCCAGAAAAGUUAGAUGACGUUAUGCAGGUGCUAAGUAACACUAAUUGGGAGGAGCCCGUCGAGGAAGUUAAACCGAUUAGAAAUGAGUUAUGUGGACUGAUGGGUAUCAGAGUGCCCGUACCUGCAAAGAAGAAAACGUGAAUAAUUUAAUGAAAAAUAUUUAAAAAGCUUUAAUAUUAUCAAUUAUUUAACUUGCUUUGAUUAAUAGAAAUUA